AUGUACGCAGUGAUAGAAGUAACAUUCACCCCUCCUUCUUCCUCCCAUCAGGACACGGUCGACCAGACGGACGAGGAGGACCUCAGUAAAAACUCGACGGGGUCACCCAAGGUUCGCAAGAAGAAGAAGAAGCGACAGCCUCGCACCGUCAUCAACCCGUACGGGAACGUAUACUUCUACUGGCUGUGUGUGCUCACCAUCUGCGUCCUCUACAACCUGUGGACGCCCAUCGUCAGGCAGGCCUUCCCCGAGCUCCAGAGGUCGCCCCAGCCCCUGUGGUACCUGAGUGAUGGGCUGACAGAUAUGAUAUUCCUGCUGGAUAUUUUGGUACAGUUCCGAACGGGUUACCUGGAGCAGGGCCUUAUAGUUUACGACUUCAGGAAGCUCGCCAACCACUACAUGCACUCCAAUAGCUUCAUGCUUGACCUUGUCUCUCUCUUCCCUUUAGAUUUUUUACAAUUUGCAAUUGGUACACACCCUAUCAUAAGAUUUCCAAGAUUUAUCAAGGUAUACCGAGUGUACAAUUAUUAUUAUAUGGUGGAGUCUCGGACGUUGUACCCCAACAUGUGGCGAGUGGUGAACCUCAUACACAUCCUCCUCCUCCUUGCUCACUGGUUUGGCUGCUUCUACUACAUGCUGUCCGAGGCAGAACACUUUAGAGGGGACUGGACAUAUCCUUAUCAUGAUGAUUCUGCCUUUAAAACUUUAUCAAGAAAAUACCUUGGUUCUGUUUACUGGUCCACCCUGACGCUCACCACUAUCGGCGACCUCCCAACACCUGAAACAAACAGGCAAUAUAUUUUUACUAUAGUUAGCUACCUCAUCGGCGUCUUCAUCUUCGCUACAAUUGUUGGUCAAGUGGGCAAUGUGAUCACAAAUCGUAAUGCUAACCGGCUGGAGUUUGAACGGCUCCUAGAUGGUGCCAAGCUGUACAUGCGUCACCACAAGGUACCCAGGGCUAUGCAGAGACGGGUCCAGCGCUGGUACGAUUAUUCUUGGUCCAGAGGCCGAAUACAAGGUGGAGGGGAUAUCAACACUGCCCUGGGACUCCUGCCUGACAAGCUGAGAACUGAACUUGCAUUACAUGUUAAUCUCCUCACUCUCAAGAAGGUGAGUAUCUUCAAGGAAUGUCAGCCAGAGUUCCUUCACGACUUGGUGCUCAAAAUGAAGGCAUACAUCUUCACACCUGGUGACCUUAUCUGCAGGAAAGGAGAGGUAGCGAGGGAGAUGUUCAUUAUCGCUGAUGGCAUCCUGGAGGUCAUAAGUGAGACUGGCAAGGUGUUAACAACAAUGAAAGCUGGAGAUUUCUUUGGAGAAAUAGGAAUUCUCAACUUGGAUGGCCUUAACAAACGAACUGCAGAUGUGAGAUCAGUAGGAUACUCAGAGCUCUUCAGUCUUUCCAGGGAAGAUGUUCUUAUGGCCAUGAAAGAUUAUCCAGAAGCACAAGAGAUCUUGCAAAGUCUAGGCCGCAAAAGACUGAUGGAGGCACGCCACACAACUUCCAAAUCCGGCUCUUCUGGCUCCAGUAAGAGGGGAACACCCUCUCCCAACAAAGACGGGGGUGGCGAGGAUAAAAAUGCAAAGAAGAUAGUCAGUCGGAUACGAUCUGAUGUCUCUGCUAUUCGUAAUGCCUUCCGGAGGAGCAAGGGUGCUACUAAGUACAUGGAGACUCUGGAACAGGACAAUUUUACUGGAAGAAAAACGGACAAUGAGACCCUCGAGUUGGAUCACCUUACUGGCGACAACCACUCCAGCAUUGAAGAUGAUGUCCCAGCAGUCAAACGUAUUCUAAAGAGGAUCAGUGGACGAAGCGGCAGCGAUUCUUCUGCAGGAGGAGCACGAGGGGUCUUAAAGAGAAUGGCUCGAGUAACGAGUGAUGAGAUGAAUCAGACAGUCAGUCCAGGCAGGGCAGCAUCAAAUGAGGAGACACAGGGUGUCUUAGGGGCAGGGUUGCCUCUGCUCCAGCGUCUCAAACUCCUUAAAGAAAAAGAAGAAAGGGAAGAAAAGGAAAGACAAAGAAUAAAGGAAGAGGAGGAUGCUAAGCAACAAAAGCAACAGGACCCUCCAAAACAGGAGGAAGAACCCGAAGUCAUUGGUGCUGGUUUGCCUCUUUUUGCACGGUUAAAGCUUUUAAAGGCCAAAGAAGACAAGGAAAGAAUGGAGAGAGAAGAAAAAGAGAGAAAAGAAAGAGAACAAGCAGAACAACAAAAGGAAGUGAGCACUAGCCUACCUGAUGCUGUUCCCAAGAAAAUUACCUCACCAGUCACUAUUGUUCCUGCCAAAUCACCUCAGCCUCAACAAGAAACACAAGCUACAAAGGAUAAAUCCCAUCUUGUUGAUGUAAAACCACGACCAGCAGGAAUGCUCAAGAAUAGACUGAGAGCAGCAGUGCUUACAUCAGGUGCACCUCCGCCGACAACUCCAGUAACAUCAGAGACAAGAACAGACACACCAGCAGGCACACUAACAGCUACACAGUCAUCAGCACCAGCAAAUUUAACACAAUCAUUGACAUUAGUAAGACCUGCUACAACAGCUACAGUUACAACAGAAUCAACUGGAACCACAGAUGAAUUAGAAAACAAAGAUCUAGAAGAUUUGGACACCAAACCACAGUUAAAGAGCCCGAUAAAUGACCUCAAUAAAGGUGUAGAAACCAAACACAAUCCUGAUGGAAGUAGUGAAAAAGUUGCAAACAGUGGUAGUUCAGUUAUAUCAAAAGAUAUUCAUGCAAACAGUAAUAGUGUUCCAGGUAGCCAGGCUUUAGAACGAGCCUUUGGAAAACUGUUAUCAAAGAAAUUAAACACUACACCCAAGGAAAGGACCAGUGUAACAAUAUCAGAUAAGUCAAUGGUAGAAUCCUCAAAACUUGCUACUAUGAAAGAUAAAAUUAGUCGCAGUGAUAGUUUUAAGAAAGCCAUGGAUGAAGGUCGUAUACGAAGUACAGAGGAUCAUGAUUUAAAUAUAAAACCCCAUGAAAUUGUGAAUAAGUUACAAACAACAAGAGAAAGUGAUAGUGAAGAUAUAGAUCAUGCUCAAGAAGAUAAAAAAAUAGGGGAAAGCCAGAGUGAAAAUGAAGUAUCUCCUGUGAGUGAAGAAAAACCCAUUUUAGUUAAAAAACAAAGUGAAAGCACUAAAAUUAGCAGUGAUAUAAUUUCAGUGUGUGAUAUGGAUUCGAAGUCUAUUAGAGGGAGCUCAAAGGAGAAGGAAGGUUCACCCAAAAGUCUCCAACCUCAGUCUACAGAAAAUGGAAUUGCAUUUCGGCAGUUUCAUAAAGUCGACUCUUUAAAGGUGCCUAGUGAUGAUGUCUCUCCUCCACUUUCCUCACCGGAGAGUACUGAAACACCAGAGAGAAAAACUCUUAAAAGUAUAUUAAAACGAAUGUCCCGUGAGGAUUCUAGAGGAAACCUCUUACCCCCCGAUGGUGCUGACUUGCGGAGACUUAUGAAGGCUCCAACGGUUGAAGGCUUUGUAGCCAGAAGAUCUAAACUUAGCAAGACUGUUUCAUUCCAGCGAAAAACACUGUCUUCUCCACCUCCUCCAGCUCUUCUUGACGAAUUGAAGCACUCGCAACAGCUUGAUACAUCUGGAAACACGGUUCCUGAAAUCCUGCCAAGCAAUUUAGCCUCACCAGUAGUAAAGGACCCCCCAGCUAAGGACAAGAGCAGUGAUAGCUGUACAACCAACACAGAUGGCGUAAAUAAGCUUAUGGUGAAACUAGGAUCAAUGGGUCUGGAUGGAGCACAGGAGACUCAAGCUCAAGAUUUAGUUUUAGGAGUCAGAAAGAUUCUCAGAGACAAAAUGGAUGAUGUUGAGGUAGCAUGGGUGGCACGGGUAGAGGAACUACAGCAACAACUGGAAGCACGGGAUGCCACCAUCAGACACCUGACACACACCAUCUCUCGGCUGCAGGCGGGUGUUGAGAACGAGGUCAUUGUCACUGAGAGCAGCCAAGUCAACGGAAGCACAACCAGAUGUCCAACGAUUGUCAGGUCAUCCUCGUCUGAUGCCAGCAGCGAUGGCUCAGAUGACGAUGAGCCACUCUUUAUGAGGUGCAACUCCAUUGAAUCUAUUAUCCACCAGUCACCAGAGGGAUCCCCAGAAGGCAGACAUGCACAGUUGGGGGCACGACGUUCCUGGCCGCACCAAACUUCUGUGGAGCAGAGCCCUGCUCAGCAAAAUCGGCUAGCUAGAUCUCUAGAAGACUCACGUGUGCAUGGUGAUGUUACAUUAGAUGUUGGAUCCUCAACUGAUGAUGACAUAUGUUCUUUUUCAUCUGAUGAUGACCAUGUUUUAUAUGGUGACAUUGGACAUGAAACUGAAGAGCCUGAUCAAAAUGAUGCUCUUGAAGAUGAACUGUCUGAUAGUAUAUUCACUGUAGAAGAUGAAGAUGAUAUUGAUGAAGAUGUAGAAUGUGGUGAAGGUGGAGAUGCGGAGCUUAAUUCUCAGGAUUGGGAGGUGCAGUUGUUGGCACGUCAGUUAGCAGAAGAUCAACGGGGUUUUGCUCGUAAAGUAGACAGAGACAUUGCAGAAGGCCGCCUUGAUUGUGCUCUUGCAGAUCUCCAUGAAGCUUUAGCUACAGACAAUUUAGGACCACUUACAGAUGAUGAUCUUGCAAGAUUAGAAAAAGCUGUGAGACGUGAACGAGAGAAAUUGCGAAGAUAUGCUCGAAUGUACAGCUUGGAUGAAAGGCCUUUACUUGAAGAUCAGUUUUCAUCAUUAUAUCGCAGUCGAUCCCAGCUUUUGUUAAAUCGUAGCUCAGAAUUAUGCCUGGCUGGUCCUACACAACGGCGCCUUUCAUUGUUGCUUCAGCAACUUGCAAAAAUGCCCCCAGCAGAGCAGUUCCUAUUAGACCGUUUGGUAUAUACUACAGAUCGCAAACGCAGGCUUUCCCGCCAGCGAUCUUUAUGUGAUGAGCAUCUAGCUUCAUAUAACUCGGCUCGUGUACCUAUCAGCAAUAGAUCUAGUCGAUCAAUAGCAAACAGACGUUCAUUGAGUGUGUGUUCUCCUCCACCUGGAGCUACUCCUGCAAUACCCUUGAAGGAGGUUCAUGGACCAGUGAGGGAGCGUGGGCCUGGGGGUGAGAGUGGUCCACCAACAGUGUCAGCUAUGCUAGCCUCUUUACAUCGUUCAGUUGCUGCUAUUCGGGGACGUAGUUCUAGCAACAACCAAAACUCACAGAAAGAGGGAGCACCUCUCUUACGACCAUCUAGGUAA